CAUCUUUCCUGCUCCUCUGUUUUUGUCCGAUCUCCAACGCGUCUGUCUCUCACCAAGAAACUUGGCCGAAGCUGCAUUUAUAAACUCCAACAAAAUCAAACUCCAAAUCCUCAUGUUCUUCCCCAAAAUAUAAUAUUAAUUCCUCUUCUUCUUCUUCUCGAUUAUAAAUAUAUCUAGUCGAUAGCUCUGUUUGGUCACCGGGAAUAUCAAUAUUUUCCUUCAAAAUCAACAUGAAGAACCAAAAUUUUCUGAUAUUCGUUGUUUGUAUAGUUUUGCAGUUAACAUCAUCGGCCACAGCACAAGAAGUUGAGGAUGAGAGAGAGUUUGAUUACUUGAACAACAGCGAGAAGGGUCCAAGACAUUGGGGUGAGAUUAAGAAGGAAUGGGAGGCAUGCAGGAAUGGAACUCUACAAUCUCCGAUCGAUCUGACAGAUCGGAGAGUGAAAUUGAUUCGUAAAUUAGUUCAGAUGAAGAAGAUCUAUAAACCCUGCAAUGCAACUGUCAAGAACAGAGGCCAUGACAUUUCUCUUCAAUGGGAGGAAUUCAAAGCCGGAUCGAUCCAGAUCAAUGGGACUAAUUACUUUCUUCAACAGGCUCAUUGGCAUUCACCUUCAGAGCAUACCAUCAAUGGCAGAAGGUAUGACUUGGAGCUGCACAUGGUUCAUGCAAGUCCAGACCAAAAGGUUGCUGUGAUUGGACUCCUUUAUAAACUUGGUCACCCAGAUCAUUUCCUCUCUAAGUUGAUUGGAGAUGUAAUGUCAAUGAGCAAUCAAAAGGCAGAGAGAGGGAUGGGUGUGAUUGAUCCAAGCGAGAUCAAGAUGGGUGGCAAGAAGUAUUACAGAUACUUGGGUUCACUCACCGUCCCUCCUUGUACUGAAGGAGUCAUUUGGACCAUUAACAAGAAGAUUAGGACUGUAUCAAGAGGCCAAGUAGAAUUACUCAGAGAGGCCGUCCACGAUUAUGCAGAGGUGAAUGCAAGACCAGUGCAGCCGCUCAACCGUCGAGACAUCCAUCUCUAUGGCCCAAGCGCUUAGGACCCUAAUUAGCCGACUUCCAUUGCAUACAAAUUCCUUGUAUUCUAUCAAAUUAGUUUAAAUCUCAUUAUUAGUAUAUUAAAUAUUUUUCUUAAAUGUUUGAUGUUGCUGUUGCUGUU